GGCCGGGCCGGCCGCACCUGGCGCUCCUGCUCCCCGGCGGACGCGGUGCGCACAGCGCUCACUGCGGGAGCCGGAGCCCCGGAGCAGAGGUGCGGAAGCCCGCACCCACGGCGGGAGGGCGGCGGCGCGGCCGGAGCCAACUCGGGAGCGAGCGGAGCCGCCAUGGCCGAGUUCCCGUCGAAAGUGAGCACGCGGACCAGCAGCCCCGCACAGGGUGCGGGUGCCUCGGCGUCUGCGCUGCGCCCGGACCUGGGCUUCGUGCGCUCCAGCUUCGGGGUGCUCAUGCUGCUGCAGCUGGUCCUGGGGCUGCUGGUGUGGGCCCUGAUUGCUGACACCCCAUACCACCUGUACCCGGCCUAUGGCUGGGUGAUGUUCGUUGCUGUCUUUCUCUGGCUGGUGACAAUCAUCUUCUUCAUCAUCUACCUGUUUCAGCUGCACAUGAAGUUAUACAUGGUGCCCUGGCCGUUGGUGUUCAUGAUCUUUAAUGUCACUGCCACGGUUCUCUACAUCACUGCCUUCAUCACGUGCUCUGCAGCAGUGAACCAGACGUCCCUGAAGGGCUCCCGGCAGUAUAACCAGCACUCGGCUGCCUCUUUCUUCGCCUGUCUGGUGAUGAUCGCCUACGGAGUGAGCACGUUCUUCAGCUUCCAGGCCUGGCGAGGAGUGGGGAGCAACGCCGCCACCAGUCAGAUGGCUGGGGGCUACGCCUAGAGCACCCAUGUCGUGGCCCACCCUGGGGCCGAAGCUGCCGCGGGGUCACUGUGCAGGGGCCCUCGAGCCCGAGGCGGAGCCCUGCAUAGAGUCAGCCCGGUGGGGCUGCACCUGCUCCCCUCCCUGCUCUCCCAGGUUGACCAAGGACACAGGCCUAAAGUGGCAGUGGUGGCUGGCAAGGGCCAACAGCUGCAGCCUCUUCCCCAGCCCGCUUCUUCAGCUUCUGCAGCAGAAGGUGAUGGGGGAUGUGAUGCCUCCGAGGACUUCAGCAGCCACGGCUGUGCCCACCCUUCUCACCAGCACUAAACACACUAAUGAGGACUCAGACCUGCAGCCCUGACUCACCCUAGUAUGAGCCUAACAAGCCACUCUGACUUACCUCAGUCUUUGUUCCAGGAGAGCUGAGCGAGCGCACAAACCGUCCCUUCUGACCCUCCCCUCCCCACAGCCAACCUGUCACCUGUAGGGAGACGUUUCUAGGAAGAUAGGGUUUCAGACAUCCUGGCUAUUUAACAAAUCGGUUUUAAGCACCUUCUCGCUGACGUCAAACCUCUCUGGGUUCCCCUCCCUCAGCCAGUUCCUGACUUGUAAUUUUCCCUUUGGGAAAAGCCAACAUCAUGGUGAUCGCUUCCCUCUUGCUGUUGAUUAGUCACAUGGGACAUGGAGGGAGGGAAGCAGCACUUUGCCUGGCGAGCUGUUGGUUGGUCAUGACUUUGUUGUAUUUUUUUUUACAAAAAUAAAGAUGGAAGAACUCAUUUGGAAAAGAU